AUGCAAUACGCCGAGCAGGGCACCCUGCCGGCCGUCAACGAUGACGUCGACGCCGACUCCGACUCCGAUCUAAGUCACGACGGCGACCACGAGCUCGACCGUCAAAACCAUGGCGGGGCACUUCGGCCGCAUCGACCACAGCGCCCCGUCGCAGGACUGGGUCAGUCGGGAGUCAACAGCACCCCUAGACCGCUGCAGGCCGACAUUUCGUGCCGCAUCUCGCGGAUCCCCUUCACGCAGCCUGGCGAGGUGCCCGAGUUAGUGCCUGAUCAUGAAGGCGUAGCCAGCGCUCUCGCGAGUCCCUCGACGCCCGGCCCAACGUCGCCGGGAAUGGCCGUCGAGCCGGUGCUAUCCAUCGACGUCGCCGCCUCGUCCGACUCCGAGUUUACCGAAACGGACGCUCAGCGCAAUCGCAAGGCUUCAAUUCACACGGCCGAUUCGGACUGGUCCGUAUCCGAACUGGGCAUCAUCCAGGAGGAGGACGACAACAUGAGCUAUGCUCCUCCUCGACCACUCCCCGACGGGACACCACCGGCAGACGGCAUCAGUAUCGGCAAUCCCUGCUCGGACGAAUGGCGGGUUACCACCAAGUCGGCAUCUCGGCGAUCAGUCAACCUGUUUUCUCGCCUCCGUAGCGCUGGUCGACUGGGCAGUCGAGCGAUCCCAGAAGAAGAGUUCAUCGAGAAGCGGUCACUCACUCCUCAUGAACUCGUCGCCCCACCCAGAGACAGGGGUUUUGACGAAGGCUUAUUUUCGCGUCGACCGCCGCCGUCGUCCUCUUCAUCAUCUGGCCCUGGGGACAUGGAAAGUAUCAGGAGGACCGUGUCCUACCCGCCUAUGAAUGGCCAGAACGGUCAGGCAAAACCUGUCUUUGGCGUGGACUUGAACUCGAGCAUUCGCGUGGCACCCAUGAAGAUCAGAAUCUCGCACAGGGGACAGAGCACUUCGUACAGAACAUUCCCGAUCUGCAUUUACAAAUGCUGCGAAUUCAUCCGCAAGUCAAGCUGCACCAUCCCCAACCUGUUCUCUGGCCCGGGCAAUGCCUUCAAUGUUGCCCAGCUCAAGGAUAUCUUCAGUUCGGCUCCUUCUUAUGGGGAGUCAUUCGACCUCUCUAGCACAGAUUACACCGUCUACGACGCAGCUCGGCUGAUAUUGCUCUACCUUGAGGAGUUGCCGAAGCCGCUCAUCCCUCCCUCGGUGGUCAGGUCGUGGGUGUUGCUCGCGAGACAAGCCGGUGCCAUCGAGCCCCCGUGCCCUCGAGUAGAGACGGGGCUGGACUUUUGGGCCGAGGCCUUGAACCGUCUGCCCUUGGCAAGCCGCAACCUCGCCAAGCACCUCCUCACGCUUUUUGCUGAGGUGACGCCCCGCAGCCCAGAGAGGCCCAACGAAAUCCCCGAAGCCGACGCAAGACAGCUGGCGUCGGUCGUGUCCAGGGCACUUUUCCACCACGAAUCGGAUAGCAGAAAGAGGAAGCCAAAGAAGAACAACAACAACAACAACAGUGUGCACCCAACGCUUGCACUCGCCUUCUUGAUCAAGAAGCGAGGCGAGUACACAGUCUCGCUAGAUCGUCUGGACGCGAUCAACAGCAAGAAGAAUGGUCCAAGCUUGUUCUUGCCCAGCACCAAGGAGAUUAUGGAGUGGAAGGGUCAGUGA